UGUACCACCUUUAUACGACCACACUACCACAGCCACAAGUCACAACACGCACCGACGCUCCGUUUUUUCGCUCACUACAAGUCUCCACAUACAAGUUAUAACCGCUUUCACUCGUGACCCCGUAAGCCGUACAACUGAUCAGACAACUCUGCCGUUAACCUCUGUCGUCCGCGGUUUUUGCAUUUCACUAUUUCAGUCGACAGCGAACUACAAUCCACUGCAAGCGUGCCACGAGACACCGCCAACAUGAAGUGAUUCCGGGGUCCCCGUAGACGCCGUACAGCCCGCACACGGCCGUGUGCCCAAACCCAACAAAACGACCAUGUCCGCGACGGCGAGUGCCAAUAUGGCUUCCUUAUUCAAAGAUGGUGCCACCAUCAAGAACAUAUCAACACAAAUCAUCAACAGCGUACUUUUCACUUCAUAUAAUAUUGUAUCCAAUCCAUUACAAAAUGUCAGGAAUGUCGCAAGUAGUCCAACCAAGCUGCUCGUUGCUUUUAAGCAGCGAGCCAACAACUCCUCUGUCUUCUAAAGCCAUAUGUAAUUUAAACGACACAGAAUGGGAUAAACUAACAAGGAGUGACAUGGCUGGAAAAUUAUUAGAAUACCUAGACAAACUGUAUGAUAAAAACGAUGAAUCUGAAACUAUCACAGAUUGGUUAAAUGAAGAAAAAUUCAUUGACCUUCCAAUAUUUGAUGAUUUCAUGACUAACACUUCUCCAAACAACAUUGAAAUGAAACCAAUGGAAUAUCAGAAAUUUGUCCCUUCCAACAAAGCUAUCCAAUACCAACCAUAUCCAACCCAACAGUAUGCACCUAUGUACUGUCAUGAAACGUCCAUUCAGCCGAAAUUCAACUAUGUUCCACCCGCUUCAUUGACCCCACCAGAAAGUCCUAAAGAUACCGAUGUCCUAAUGUCUAUGCUAGAUGAUAUGCAACCAGAAGAACUCAGUCAGUUGGUAGUCGACGAAGACACAUUGUCAGACUUUAUGUCGUCAGACGCUAGUAGCCAUACCGAUUCUUACAGUGAUAUAACAACUAAACGAGACAAGCCAUACUCUCCAAAGGCACCCAAUGAAGAAAAGCGAUUACGUAAAAAAGAACAAAACAAAAAUGCAGCUACAAGGUACAGGAUGAAGAAAAAAGCUGAAAUCAAGGAAUCUGUAGUAGAAGAGAAACAACUUUUGCAAAGAAAUGAUACACUCAAGGACGAAGCUAAAGAACUAGCUAGAGAAAUUAAGUAUUUGAAAUCACUGUUGAGGGAUGUUUACAAAGCUAAGGGACUAUUGAAUUGAAAUACAUUUAAAAUUUUUGAUCUGAUUAUUUAACUUUUAUGGCAUAUAUUUGAUUAAUAGUUUGUUGGGUUUUCUCGCAUAUGAAAUUUUUAUGUAUCCUUAAGUAUAAUUACAGUAUUAGAAUAUUUGGAAAAUCUACUUAUAACACCAGUGCAGCCAUUAUCUCCUUGUAAAUAUAUUCUUAUUCUUUUUGUACUAGUUUUAUUUUAAAUAUUUUGUAUCCAUUAUAGGCUUGUUAGAACUAACCAAGAAAACUUGUAUCAUUUUCAAACAUACAUCUAUAUCUUGUGAUAUUUUAAAAACAUACCAUUACUGUUGAAGUGUUAGUAAACCUUAAAUCAAUUACUAAGCAACUGUCUUGAUAUUUUUUUGAACGAUGUUGGUGAAGCAUUUUUAAUAACUUAACACAUUUGGUGUUGUAUAGUAUAUAAAAUCUCACAAGUUGUGUAUGCUUGAUUGUUAUAUUAAAUCCCUUGGUUUAGUUAAAAUUAUUAUUUAGAUAAAACAUUUAUUUUUGCAUUCUUAUUACUAGGUUAAGUCGUAUCAAAAAAAA